UUCGUGGAUCCUCUCUCCAUCUAUCUACAGCACAGCACAAUGGUCUACACUAUCGUCGUCCACCUCCAAUCCCUCCCCGAGGCCGUCCAGGAGAUCAAGGCCAAGCUCAAGGAAGCGUCUGAGAUCUACCAGAAAGACAAAGAGACUAUCGACUGGUAUGUGAUGCAAGACCCCAAGGACGAGACCAAGUUCUGUAUCGUCGAGCGGUACGAGCAAGAAUCGUCUCAGCAGUACCAUCUCAACAACCCUUACUGGAAGACUUUCGACCCCUACGUCGUGCCCCGUCUCGCCAAGCCCAUGGACCUCACCCGAUGGGAGGAGCUCUAAAUGCGCUCGUGAUGAGUUAUGAGCAUUGUUUAUAUGAGAAUCACCGCGCUUGUAGAGAAUAUGAGUAGAAGACUGUGUAUACCAUGCAUCGAGUAUAGAUACCA